GGCACUGCGUGGCGGAGAGCGAUGGCCUCCAUGGGGCUGCAGGUGCUGGGCAUCGCCCUGUCCGUCAUCGGCUGGCUGGCGUCCGUCCUCUGCUGCGCGCUGCCCAUGUGGCGCGAGACCGCCUUCGUGGGCAACAACAUCGUGGUGGCGCAGAUCAUCUGGGAAGGGCUGUGGAUGAACUGCGUGGUGCAGAGCACGGGGCAGAUGCAGUGCCGGGUGUACGACUCCAUGCUGGCCCUGCCGCAGGACCUGCAGGCCGCCCGCGCGCUGCUGGUGGUGGCCAUCGUGCUGGCCGUGCUGGGCACGCUGCUCGCCAUCGCCGGCGGCAAGUGCACCACCUGCGUGGAGGACGAGACAGCCAAAGCCAAGGUGAUGAUCCUCUCCGGCAUCACCUUCAUCGUCGCCGGCGUCCUCAUCCUCAUCCCCAUCUGCUGGUCGGCCAACGCCAUCAUCCGGGACUUCUACGACCCGCUGGUGGCCGACUCCCAGAAGAGGGAGCUGGGCUCGUCGCUCUACGUGGGCUGGGCGGCCUCGGCGCUGCUGCUGCUGGGGGGGGCCCUGCUGUGCUGCUCCUGCCCGCCGCGCGGUGAGAAGCCCUACUCCGCCAAGUACAGCGCGGCACGCUCGCUGCCGGCCAGCAACUACGUGUAGGGCUGCUGCACCCUGCCAAGAUGGGGAUGCCCCGCGGGGAGCGGGUCUGGGGCCGGGGUGCCGCGGAGGGGAUGGAGCGACGGGGGGGGUGGGCAGACAGAGCCGCCUUUGUUCACCGGGAUUGGAGCUGGUUCUUUAAUCCUGCUGGGAUGGGAACAGCGCGCUGUCAUCCUGGCCGCCUGCCUGACAGCUCGGGGGCACCCGUGGCAUCUCGUCAGUGGGGGCUGGGGGUGCUGUGCCGGGACACUGAAUGCGCCGGGCGCCGUCCCGCCGGUGACACGCGGCUCCGUGCGGCUCCGACUUGUCCAAACACCACUGUGGAGGACGGGGAGAAUCCCCAGGAGAUGUCCUUCAGGUCUGUCCCACGUGGGCAGAGGAUGCCACGGCUCAGUGACACGCAGCGCGAUCUCGAGGGGGCGUUUGGUGCUCUUCUUCCUCCGUGCCCCCGGUUCUUACUUUGACCUACUUUCGGGGAUCUCACCUCGCGGUACGCACUUGGGAUUUCUCUCUGCAGCUCACCGGGGUGCGGGUAUCAUUAUCCUGGGAGUGGGAAGGCAGCGGCUGGGCUGGGAGAACCGGUCGGAGAGGCGGCAGCGGGCUCUGCGCUGCGCUUCUUCCAUCCAUGGGGCAGGAGCAGCUGGGGGGCUCACGGCACCCCCGGUGUGGCAGCACCCGACCCCACGCCGCAGCCAUCCCGCAUUAAAGGACAGUGCUGCA